AGAAUUAUCGAAAAAUAAUGUCAGUGCCAAAUGAAUCAAUUCAAAACAUAGCCUCCCAUAAGGCAGUGGUAGUGAAAUAAACAGUGAGCUUGCCGCAUUGUAAAAAAAAGAGCAUGCACAGAUUCGGCGUUGAUCCUGCGGCGUUACAUCUUCUCACGUUGAGCCAACGCUUAGAUGCGGAAGUCAACCCGAGUCUCAAACAACCAGAAGACCAUCACCAUCGUUGUGCACAGCAGCAACAGCAGCAGCAGCAGAAGAAGACAAUUACAGCAGUGCUAUAAACUAGAAAACUUCAAUCGAACUCACUUUCGGCGGAAACGAACCUUCCUCUACUACGAUCGGCAUCACCGUGCGUUCUCGAGCAGGAGUUGAUUUUAUAACCUCUCCCGCGUUUCUCUCUCUCUACACCCGAAGUUUCACCGCAAAGUCCCAAAAACAACAACAACAAAACAGGAAGCAAUUAUCGAACCGGGCAGCUAUUGGAAGCAAAGAGCUGCAAACACGAACAUGCACGCGUGGCUUUAUGUCCUCGCGGUGCUGGCGAUUCUACAGGGUGUAACGCAAGUCGCUAGCACCGGCGAUCAACCAUCAGUGUCUGCUUCGACCACCGCCACCACCACCAGCAACAGCAACAGCAUCAGCAGCAUCAGUAAUCCAGAUGAAUCAAAUCAUCGGCCGUCGACUAGUGAUGAUAGUGUGGCGCAAAGUGAGUCAGAGGUGGACGAAGAUAGUUUAGAACGGCCGGCGGCCGGUGAGUUGCACCUGCAGAUGGAUCCGGUCGCGUCCGUCGUCGAUGACGAUGACGACGAUGAGGACGAAGAUGAUAGUGAUAGUGAUAACAGUCUAGAUUUUAGUGGUAGCAGCAGCAGCAGUGGUAGUCAUAGUAGUGAUAGUGAUAGCGAUAGUAACAGUAAGCCCGAUCCUGAAACGCUAGUCGAAAUCGAGAAGAAUCUCCUAAGUCUGUUCGGUUUUCCAAAAAGACCAAAAAUUGAUAGAUCUAAAGUGGUGAUACCGGAGGCGAUGAAGCAGCUGUACGCCCAGAUCAUGGGCCACGAUCUGGUUGACUCGGUCAACGUGCCAAAGGAGGGCCUCAACACGCGCAACGCGAACACGGUGCGGAGUUUCACGCACGAAGAAAGCCAUAUAGACGACCGGUUCAAACACCACCACCGCUUCCGAUUGAUGUUCAACGUGACCAACAUCCCACGAAGCGAGAAGCUGCGGGCAGCCGAACUCACUCUGAAUCGUGAUGCCAUCGAAGAUCGUCGGGCGCGAUCCGUCCUGCAUCAGAUCCUGGUGUACGAUAUAAUUCGACCGGGCGUGAAAGGCAAACGGGCACCCUCCUUUCUGCUGAUCGACUCCAAAUCGGUCAAGAUCAACGAGACCGGCUCGGUGAGCGUGGACGUCCUGCCAGCCGUUGAACGGUGGCUGCGAUCACCCAAGCAGAACUAUGGGCUCUUCAUCCAGGUCACCAGCAAGAGCAAGCGGAAACCACAGUCCACGCCGGAACACCAGCACGUACGGCUACGACGAAGUAUAGACGAAAGCCACGACAAGUGGUCCCACAAGCAGCCACUGCUCUUCACCUACACCGAUGACGGUCGACAUAAACAGCGACCCAUUCGGGAUGCAAUCAGCAACGCCAACCGAGCGCGGCGAGCACCAAUGCGAAAUCGCCGGCGAAAGAAUGGAAGCGAAACCUGCCAGAGGAGGCCCCUCUACGUGGACUUUAGUGACGUCGGAUGGAGCGAUUGGAUUGUGGCUCCUCCGGGAUACGAAGCGUACUAUUGUCAUGGCGAUUGUCAGUUCCCAAUAGCUGACCAUCUCAACACGACGAAUCACGCAAUCGUGCAAACAUUGGUCAACUCGAUCAAUCCCAACCUGGCACCGAAGGCGUGCUGCGUGCCGACACAGCUCUCGUCCAUCUCGAUGCUCUACCUGAACGAGCAGAACAAGGUCGUCCUAAAGAACUACCAGGACAUGACCGUAGUUGGUUGCGGAUGCCGUUGAACCACAACCUCACAUUGUAAAUUUCACACACACACACACACACACAUUGUAUUAUAGCAGAGUAUCCUCUUAAAGAAGAUACUGACGAGUAUAGGAGAAGAAAACUAUGUAGAUUCGAUGUUGAACCGGCCGGGCCGUAGCUUACACAACUCAACCUUCUUAUCUAAUGUCAUGUAAAUUUUUAAUCCGUAAGCGAACAAAGGUUAGGGAGCUCCGAUUGAACGAAAUGAUACAAGAGUGAAUAGGAAUUUGUGCGCCAACGAACGAACGAAUGAAAUGCAUGCGAGCUUUGAUUGGGAAUAAGUGUUAUAAUCUAAGCCCUAGGAAACAACCCCAGUGUCGAUGAAAACAUACACAAAUUGUACAAACAAAAAAGCACGAAUCACAUGUCCAUUGCGAAUGCAAGCUUGAAUGUGCGACACGACGAUGAAGUUGAUGGGAGAAACAAAGCUCCAUGAUGCAACCAAGGCACCUCGUAAGCAAGAACGCAAGCGGCUUAGCAAGGAAACCUGUUUUGUAAAUAUAUCUAAUUUAAAACCGCUAGCUAAUAUAUAUAUAUUUAACUACGACCCAAGCUACCACUCUGUAUAAAUGAAAUGCUACUCCGCGCGACACACGCACACGGAUCACAGUCGCACUCACUCUGUAAAGCAGCUCGGAUAGGAUUGUAUACUUACUUUUAUUUCCAGGAGCAGUAGUGCGGAAGAUUGUUUUAUAAUGUAGACGAACAAUAUUUGUUGGAGCAUUAUGUUUUAUUUAUUUAGUACGGUUAGACAGAGGGCAUAUCUAAGAAUGUUGUUUUAACUGUUUCGGAGUUCAAUAGGAAGUCAUUUUCGUUGUAAAAAGAAGCGUGAACAAAGAGGAAUGGUUGAGCACCCCCUUGAGAAUGUAGUAACUGUACUCUCCUCAUGCUAUACAAUGCUAUUGUUUAUCCCUUUCUUGUAAAUUUGUGUAAUAUACUAGUACCUGUAUUUGAGGAAAAGUAUUUAUUAAAUAAAUCGUCGAAAAUUGAGCGAGGAAUAAAAUUUGUAAAAGCAGUAUUUCAAA